UCUCUCUCUCUCUCUCUCUCUCUCUCUCUCUCUCUCUCUCUCUCUCUCUCUCUCUCUCUUAUGCCAUUUUGAUUCAUACUAUUCUAUGAGUCUGUGAUUUGAUCUGAGGAUCAAACCCAAGAAGUUGAUGAGACAGAAACUUAGAAGUAAAGACUUUCAAACCGUGAUAUCCGACCAAACUGGUAAGAAGUUAAGUCCUGGUCUUGUGAUCUAGAGAUACGGUAAUGACAGGAGUAGGACCAACGUUCUCACUCGAGAUCUCGGAAUACAGAAGCAAUCUCUCAGCCACGGAGAAGGCUUCUUCCUCCUUCUUUUCCGAGGAUACACCAAACGAUGAGGGAGCCGGUUUAUGGUCAGGAAGAACAGUGGAUUACUCGUCGGAGAGUUCUUCAUCUAUAGGAACUCCUGGAGACAGUGAAGAAGAUGAAGAAGAAAAUGACAAAGAGUUAGGGUUGGCUUCAAUGCGCUCUCUUCAAGAUUCUCUCCCAAGCAAAAAUGGUUUAUCGAGUCACUACAAAGGGAAAUCAAAAUCGUUUGGGAACUUAGGAGAGAUUGGUAGUGUGAAAGAAGUACCAAAGCAAGAGAAUCCAUUGAAUAGAAAAAGAAGGAUACAGAUCUGUAAAAAGCUUGCAAGAAAGUCUUUCUACUCAUGGCAAAACCCUAAGUCUAUGCCUCUUUUGCCUGUUCAUGAAAAUGAUAAUGAUGACGAUGAGGAUGAAGGAGACGAUGGAGAUCUGAGCGAUGAAGAACGAGGAGGAGUUGUUGUUGCAAGGAGACCAUCGUUCAAGAACAGAGCAAUGAAGUCUAUGAGUUGUUUUGCUCUCUCAGAUCUGCAAGAAGAAGAAGAAGAAGAUGA